AGAAGACGGACCCCAGCGGGGCUCCUCUCGGGUUUGUUUGUGGGUUAACGCCCAAGGACAAGCGAGGACCACAGCCGCAGCAGACGAAAUUUUGCUUGUUGAAUACAGUCUCUGACAAAUUAAUUCUCCGUGGCUUUUCGUUGGUUACCGCGCCGCGUAAGAUACAGUUGAUGAUUUCAUAGAAUUUGGUGGCUAAUGACCAGAGCAUGAGUAGAUGAAGCAGACCUGUUUUUGCACACCUGGGAAAUGGAACAGAUUUCAAGUCUCUGGGACCUCCCAGGAACCUUAUACUAAUAUUAUGUGGCGUUGGCAUAUAAAAACGCACUGGCGGUGCAUCAGGUCUGAUGGGAUGACUCGGAGACAAAGGAUCGUUAUGGCGGUUGUCAUAGGAGGGUCUCUUGUAUACAUCAUCCUCACACAGGUCUUCCUAGUAUUUGCUGGUGCACCUGGAGAACCUUUACAUCCAGAGGUUCGGAAAUUCUGUUCUGCUGCGAUAAAGAAAAAUGUCAGCAUUGCUGAAGAGGAGGGCAUGCCAAUAAUAUACGUCGUCACUCCCACAUAUCGAAGACCUGAAAUGAUAGCAGAACUGACCAGGCUGGGUCAGACGCUGACGAUGGUCCAACGCAUACAUUGGAUCGUGGCUGAAGACAGUGGUACUUGCACUGCGGCUAUCACAAUUCUCAUGCAGAGAUUAGGUCUUCCAUACACCCAUCUAGCGAGUCCCAUGCCUGAUGUGUAUCGUAGAGAGCGCUACGUUCCCCGAGGAGUGUCAAAUCGUAGAGCCGCUUUACAGUGGGUCAAAGAGCAUGGGGAGGAUAAUGGGGUCCUCUUCUUUUUGGAUGAUGACAAUGCUGUCGAUAUUCGUCUGUUUGAUGAGAUGAGAUCAACAGAUAAAGUUUCUAUGUGGCCUGUGGGGUUGAUUGGUGAUUACACAGUUAGUUCACCUGUUGUCAAUGAGGGGAAAGUUGUAGGCUUUUACGAUGGGUGGCCAGCGGGAAGAAAGUUCCAGGUUGACAUGGCUGGAUUUGCAGUUGGUGUUGGUUACCUUAAGAAACAAAAGAAGGUAACAAUGCCCUAUAUAGCAGGGCAUGAAGAAGAUGGCUUUCUGAAAUCAUUAAACUUAAGUAUUAAAGACAUCGAGGUGAAAGCAGACGGCUGUACAAACAUCCUGGUUUGGCACACCCGCACAGCCAAAAAUCCAUCAAGGACUUUGAAGCUUGACAACCACCAGAAUGAUAAUAUUAAGAUCUUAACCGAUAACAUGAGGGAAAUGGGUAUGAUUAAGUAGAAAGUCAUAAAUACAGGUACCACUUUUUUCUUUUAUUUUGUUUGUCAUUAUUUUAUCAUGCACUUGUUCUCAUUCUGAGGAUGCACUGUGUCACAAAUAUUUGAUACGAUCAUGGUUUCCAUCUUUUAUUUUGGUGCUCGUCAUUGUCGCUUUACCAUUGAACUAUAUUGUGAUACUGGUAAAGAUUUUUAAGAUGUAGUCUAAAUAACCUCUUUAAAGAUAUUUUUACCUAAGGUGAUUUUCAUGAAGUGCAUGUGCUUUGUUUUGUAUUAUAUUGUUAUUUGAAAGGUGGGAUGAGUCUUCAUAGUAAUUAAUUAGUUGCUGUAGUGAAGUUUCUCAUAGGUUUCUUCCUAUUCUGGUAUCAAUCAGUAUCAUGCCAAACCUUUGCUCAGAUAAGUUUUUCAUGGAAAGACCAGUAUUGAUAUUUGUGAUGUUUGAUCUGUCAUGGCAAGGGAAACUGAGGAAGUUUUUUUUUCCCUUUACCCAGUGUUCUUUGUUUCUCAGAUUUCACUUACUGACAAAGACAAAUUGACAUCUGCAGGAAAUCUUUCUGCUCUAGAUUUCUUGAUUUGGUUUUUUGUCAUUGCAGAAGAGCAGGUUAAUGCAAGUGCAAAGACUUAAUAAUCUUAAUCUGGUGCUUAUUAUCUUUAUUAACUCUUGGUUAUGAUGUCCGCAGAUUUUAGCACAGCGCUGCUAAUAGUAUUUGUGACAAGAAACAUGACUUAAUAUGAAAAUGGACAUCACACCCAUAAAUGAACACAGUUAACAACAGGCAAACUGUGAAUAUUACAUAUACUGAUGAACAUUUAAAAUGUUUGCCAAAACCCUGAAGAAAGGUUUGCAAUUACAGUGGAUUGAAUUACUAAUGUUUUGAUAUUCAACACCAUUGAUUACUUGGAUAAACUGUAUUUUUUAUUACUAAUUGUUCCUGUUUACUUAGACAGCAGUAUUUUUUACAAUAAUUUCCAUUUCUAAUAUUUAUAUCGUACAGACAUUGUGCUGUAUGUUUUCUUUUACUUAUUGAUUCAAUUUAAUGGAAAUUUGCUGUAGAUUUUAUAAUUUUUUUCAAGUGUGGGAAGUGCUUUUCAUGUGUUUUGAGUUGUAAGUAUUUUCAUUCAUAUGAAACAUUUGCUGUAUAUUUCCAUAUUGUGUCUGUAGAAGAGUAAGUCUUUUGAUAUUUAUUCCUUUCCAGUACAGGUAUAUAUAUUUGUCUGUGCACAUUUCUUUAUGAUAUAUUAGUGUUGGUGGGCAUACUAAUUUAAUCUUGUCAUGCUGUUUUUAACAUAUUUGUCAAGGCCUACAUUUGUUCUAUGGGAGGAAAUACUUUUAUAUCUUAAUACCAGUUUUGGUUUGGGGAUUCAGGAUGAUUCUUUUCGAUGAACUUGCAGACAGUGGUAUGAAGACUUGUCUCUAUAAUUUAUCGGUAAGAAAAACUUUCUGGUGGUUAUUUGGUGAGACUGAAUGUGAUUUUGUACCAAUCAAGAAUUUGUGUGGGUAUUUAAUUCAGUUUUGGAUAUUGAUUGUUUUUUAUUAUUAGAUAUAAAAAGUCAUCACAGGUCUGUAAUUCAGUUCACUGCUGUUUGUGCCUUCUGGAGUAAUUAGAAAUACUGCAUGACUUGCUGUUUUGGGACCUGAGAGUGCUUGCACUUUUCACUGAUAAAGUGACCAUUGAAAGUUUGAAAGGGUCAAUAGUAGUUUGAACUGUUUUGCCUAUUCUGUAUUAUCAAAUGAGGAACUUCUGUAAAGAAAUUGGUUUUUGAGUGAUGUCGGCAUACCUCAGAUUAGUUCUUAGCAUUUUAAUAGAGUAAGUGGUCCCAACUGAAGGUUUUUACUGUAGUGGGAUAUACGAUCUUUCUUUAUUUUGUCCAUUGUGUUUUCUAAGCAUACUUAAGUAUGACUUGUUCUUGUUUUUUCUUUAAAUAUGAGAAGUUUGUUUACUUGGAAACUGCUUGCAUGUAUACAGGCCUGAGUCAGAUUAUUUUGAAAGAUAGCUUCAGAAUUGACACUCCCUGCAUUUUGCUUGGUUAGGCCAAAUAGCAAGAUGAGUCUCUGGCUUAUGGGUUAGUUAAGUAUUUUACUUUCGUGAUUCUUUGUUCAUUUUAUGGUAGUUCCAUGUUGUAAAUGUUACAUUAUUUAUUCAUCUCUGUAAUUCUUUCCUAACCCUCCGAGGAUUGGGGGCUAGGGGAUCAAAAUCUGUCUGCACCAAAAUGCUCAUCCUUUAGUGACUGCGCAAAAAUGCUUAACAAUAAUUUUCUUUUGAUUGUUCUGUGCAACAUACUUCAUUGUAAGUAAUGAAUUUGGUUUCAUUGUAAAGCUAAAGGUUUUUUAUCUUUAUCAUGAAAUGUUUAGAAAUGCCAAAAAAUAAAAACCGACCACAUCAUGAGUACAAGUUAGCCAUAUUAAAACAAUUUUUUAAAAAUUAACGAUUAAUUAGAGAAAAAGAUAUCCAAUUUGUGUUUGCACAGCGUACAUGUAUGAUAAGUUACUGCUCCAUUGAUAUGAAAUUCAUUACUAUUUGAGCCACAUAGGAUACCUCAAAGUACAUUAAGAUACAAAAAAUAAUUGAACGAGUGAAAUAAUGGUUUAAGUAUGUCACUUUUGAAAAAGUUUGCCAUAAAUCUUAAUAUAUAUACAGCGCAGGUAGUCCUCUAGCUACAAUGGGGAUAAGUUACAAUGACUCCAUUUUUACUCAAAAAUAUUGCAACUCGGAGGCAGCCUAGCCUACAUUAUGUAAUCUAUACAUACAUGUAUUAUAGUAUCUGGUUAAUUCUUUUUUAUUUGUAAUUGGUCUGGAAAUUCAAUGCGGAUUGGAGAUUUCACUGAUAAAACUUAUCACUGUAGAUAAUGAGCACAAGUGAAUGAUCAGUCAGGGUUAGAGGUACAGACAUCCCAGCCUCUGGGGGCAAUGUAUGUAUGUAUUGCACAUUGUACGCUGCUGCCUGUGCCUGUCACGCUAGAUUUAAAAUACUUUCAAUCUUGUAUUAUUGGUAUGACCAUCACAACUUCAAAGUAUCUCAACUGGAAUCGCCAUUUUAACUUCGAAAUAUUGCAACUUGAAACAUUGCAGUAAACUCAAGGACUACCUGUCGGCAAGAAUCCAUAUACUUCACCAUACUCAAAUUUUAUUGUUAUGAUGCCUGUUUACAAUUUUUAGUGAAUUUAUCGAAUACUAAAUAUCUUUUGAAUACUAAUGGAUGAUGAUUAUAAUCAUCAUCAGAAUCACAAAGGGUUAAUAUUUUUUGUAUGUGCGUAUUUAUUUUGUAUGCCUUUCACACCAGACAAGAUGAAGGAACUCUGAUGGUACAUGUCUUGGAGAACUCAAGAGUUAUAGUGUAAUGUCCAGUUCAUGGCAAUCCAUUUCCUUCUAAGGGAACCACUGGGACUUGAAGUGAUUGGUGUUUCAGGGUUGAAUGAGUGUCUAGAAUUUUGGUUGGGUCACUGUGAAGAAAAGUGAAUGGGUUUCCACAAAGAUUUUGCUGAUGGUUUGGCUGGUAAUUCUGUUGAAAAUUUUACAAACAUAACAUAGAUUUAGAUGUUGCAUUUAUAGUGUAUAUUUUUUUUAUUUUUUUUCUACAUAUUUUCCCACUGAAUGUUCUCCAUCAUUCAGUAAUUAAUGAGAGGCUUUAAUGAUUCUCCGACUUUUUAUAUAUUUACAUUUAUACAAGCCUGUUUGAUUGAAUCUCGCAAUUUUAAUUUGAAACAAACUGCGUAAAUAUAUGUGAGGUCUUUUAGGUACAAUACUCACUGGGUAUUUAGUACUGUUAGUUAUGACAAAACUGGGUCUCUUUGUUUAAUUUAUAUUUGUAGUCUCUGUACGGUGUAAAUAACAGGUGUGCAAAUGUUACUGUUAUUUUGGGGAUAUGUUUUCGCUCACUUCUUUUUCUUAUCUGGCUGUAUUUUCAAUAUAAGAAUGGUAGUAUUUUUUUUAAUGCUUCUUUUUCAAAGACUCAUAUUUGUUUUACCAAUUUCCACUUAUGGUGUUACUCCACCUUGAUGUUCUUAAUACCAAGGCUGAAGAGAAUGUCAAUUCAUUGAAAGUUCUGGAGGUACGUAAUGUUUAUCAGCAGGGUGAAUAAUUGGAAGAAAUAUAUGAAAUAAAAAAAAAAUAAUGGAAAUGAAAUAGUAUAACCUUAAAAACUAAAAUAAUAAUAACAGAAUAUUGAAAUCCAUAAGUGUAACAAAUAGUAUUAGAAAUAAACUCACUUGUAUUUUCAUAAUUCAGACUGAAAGACCUAACAAAUAUGAAGUUCAUAAAGUAAAGCAUGAUAUUUAUGGAGAAACAGUAGGAUUCACAGAAAAUGGGGGAACAAUUGAAACAACCUUUAAGCUGACAAAGUUGCAUGGGAGCAUGUGAUGUUAAGAUGGCUGGAGUGCCAUUCAUUCAACCUAUGGUAAAAGUAUUCAAAAUUAUAGUGCAAAUGGAUUUAAGCUAAUGUUUGUAAUAUCUCCUGGCUUCUGGAGUUUAAUUUACUGUCAUUCUGUUCAGCCUAUUGUGAAUCUUCAGUGCAACCCAAGUGAUAAUGCUAGGUUGCUUCCCUGAACUCAUUUAGAUAAACACAAAGCCAUUUGCUGAGGCAGGCGAAUACUUUCUUUCUCAGUCUACCUUUACAGUGAAGUUAGUAAAGGUAAGGAUGAUUCCAUAUUUCAUCAGUCACAAAUCUUCAGGCCUCCUAAUAAAUGGUUUUCAUCAGACGAUGAUUUGUGAUGCAUUUAAUUUUCAUGUCAAAUUGUGCAACACUGGAUAAUUCCCCAGGCAGAUUAUUUCAACUCAAGAAAAGAAGUGUUCUCCUUGCUAUAUAGCACAUCUCAACAGCAGGACUAGUCUUGCUAGGUCAGUGCUUUAGAGUUAAGGCCUUGAUGAUUUCCAACUUUAAUUCUUUUAUGUUGCUUAAGGAUUUGCAUAUUGUUGGAUGAUCAAGCUUUACUCUGUGCUAGGAUUCAUGUGGUACAAUUGGUAGAUCAUGGUUGGCACCUUCAGUUGCUCUUUUCUGUUUGCAUCCUUAAGCAACAAAAUUGCAGCUAACUUAUUUGUAAGCAAGCCAGGUGCCUUGACUUGAGCUUAAGAGAAUAAGGUUUACACAGUUUUUGGCAGGCUUGACACUGUGGAACAUGAUUGCUGUACGUAGUUUUUUUUCUGGUAAAUGAAAUUUCUACUAUAAUCCAAACAAAAUUCAAAUAUCUAAACAAGUUAAGGCAUCAAAUUCCAACUUUUAUUUUUCGAUCUGCAGUCAGACUGAACUGCAGCUGGAGAACUUUCCCAAUCAGGUAUUGCUAGUUGUAAGAAUAAUGUACUUUCUAAUGGAACAAUGUCUGCAAUUCUUGUGUCCCAGAUACAAAGUAUUAUUUUGUACUCAGGUACCCACAUCUCAUUCCUUUCAGUUGGCACACAUUGACAUUGACAGAUCAUAGAGUAAAAUUAUAAUUGUAAUGACAGAAGAGACAGGGGUUCCAUUCUUGCUGCCUCUUCACUUUACUGUGGUCAUUUUUAUCAGUAUUUCAUUAUUUUUUAUUGCCUUUGACUGGAUGUAAAAGCAUUAAGUAAGAUGGUGAGCUGGUAUCUUAAGAAAUUUAGCAUUUGUAAAGACAGCACAGUUAUGUCAGUACAGUAUGUUGUAGAGAAACUUUCAGGUGCAUCUUGUCAGGAAAUCGAAGAUGGUAUUAUGUCCUAAUUCUAUGUUAUUCAUUAUAUAUUUCUUACUUCCCAGGUUGGGGAAUGUUCAAGCAUUGAUACCUUCCUUGUAUAUUGUACUUGUAAAAGAGACAUGUAGGCUGAGUUUUGUAGUUGAUAAAUGUUCCAGUAUAUAUAUUAACAGUGAAAACACAACUAGGAUUAAGUGUAAACUAUUUUUUAUCAUGCAUAUGGGUAUUAUUUUGCACAUCUAAAGGGAAAGCAUUGUGCUUGGUACCUCAACCAAUCUUGUGUAAAGAUAUAAAACAUUUUGUAUUUCCAUUAUAUCUGCAUUUCAUAUUGGUAUUUGUGAUCUUUAUGCAGAUAAGAUAUGUGUAAGACUUGAGGUAUAUACUACAUACUGCCAAUUCCCCAGUCAUGAUAUGUUUCACUCUUGCGUUUUUCAAACAGAUGUUUUAUCUUGGUGCUAUGUUCCAUGAAUGAUGUUUUAUGGCUUAAAAUAAACCAAAAGUAUUUUCUAUGUGAAAUUGUCAUUAUCAUAUCAGAAAAAUUAUAGUUGGUCGACUUAGCCAGUGAUGUUUUUUGUGCUUUGCUGGUUUUUUUUUUUUUUGCCUCUGAUUGUUAAUCUUCUUUUACCAUUUCUUUUCUUUCAUGGUAUUGUGAGCAGUGUCCUCUUUAUAUAUCAGUAUAGUAAAUGAAAGUGUGUUUUGGGUUUACUGGAUAUCACCUGAAAAUCAAGUUUUAUACAAUCCCAUGAUUGUGAAGGUGAAUUUAGAGAAUGGCCGUUCAUUUUUACUGUAUGUAGAUCGAAAGUGAGUCUAGUCAAGUUGUGAUGUCAAAACCAAAAUUAUAGUCACCUUUUAUAAAUAUUUUCUGGUCAGUGUCAGUGUGGGUGGAUGUAGUUGUCCUAAAACUGUUGUAGCUGGUAUGUAUUUAUUUUGAGUGUUUAUAAAUGUAUAAGUAUGUUGGUAAAUACAUCCUUUAGUAUUGACAGGUUAGAAUCCCUUUUGUAUCAUACUCGAUUCAGAAUUCUUCUUUAAUGUGAUCACAAACUUUGCAUGGACUGUUUACCCUUUGUAAGCAAUUACUAAACAAAAACUAUUUUUGUAUUAUACUGUACUAACCCUA